AUGAAACCGUUAUUCGUGUUCGUUCGUUUUAAUCAAAAUCUUGACCGCUUCAGGUCUUGCAUCUCCGAUCCUUUUUCCGGCCACUUCCUCCAUCUAAAUUAUUCGCUCUGCAGAUUGAUUUCAGCAGCCACGUUAUUUGAUUUGGUUUCGAAUUUGGCUUCGUCUGUUUCUUGCGUUACCAUUCAAAUUCUGAAGGGCAUGGCGUCAUACAGGCCGUUCCCUCCACGACCUCCUCAAUCAAAUUUUGGUCCACCACCGCCACCACCUGCCCUGCCCAAUCUCACCUCUCUUCCACCACCGCCACUUGCCCCUCCGCCUCAACCAAGAGGAAAUCAGUAUUCACAGAAUUGGGGCUAUACUAAUUCGAACUUUCAACAGGGUGGUUAUGUGCCUCCAUCUGGAAACCCUGUUCCCAAUCAACAACAGUUUGCAUCAUAUCCACCUCCACCACCACCAGAGUCUGCAUAUCCACCACCACCACCUCCUUCCGGGACUGCACCACCAGGGCAAAUGUAUUUUCCAUCUUCUCAGUACUCCCAGUUACAUAGCCAGCCUCUACAACCGCCGCUGCAACCACCACCACCACCACCUCCACCUUCCUCUCCCCCCAGUUCUUCAGUUCCCCCGCCUCCUCCCCCACCAUCACAACCACCAUCACCUCCCCCACCCCCUUCAGCUGUCCCUAUAAAUAACCAAGCCAAGCAAAGCAGACACGAUAGUUUUAAAAGGCCUUCCACUGAACUCGAGAAUUCUAAAUGGCGUGAUUCAUCACAUUCUCAUCACGCAGGUCCUUCCAGACAACAUUCUAAGCCUUCUACUUUACCUCCUUUGCCAGCAAAAAAAUCAAAUGGCCCUCCUGGUAGGGUUGAGACUGAAGAAGAGAGGAGGCUGCGCAAGAAAAAAGAAAUGGAGAAGCAAAGGCAAGAAGAAAAGCAUAGGCAACAGGUGAAGGAAUCUCAGAGUAAAGUCCCCCAAAAGACCCAAUUGUUAUCUUCAGGCAUCAAGCCACAUGGUUCAGUUAGUGGCUCCCAUAUGGGCGAUAGGAGGGCUACACCAUUUUUGAGUGGUGAAAGGGUAGAAAACCGGUUGAAGAAGCCAACAACCUUUCUAUGCAAGUUGAAAUUCCGGGAUGAGUUACCAGAUUCAACAUCUCAACCGAAGCUUCUGUCUAUAAGGAGAGAUAAAGACCGAGCUGCAAAAUACGGUGUGACUUCAUUAGAAAAGGUGCAUAAGGCUCAGUUGUAUGUUGAGGCAGACCUUGGGAUACCACUUGACCUACUUGAUCUGAGUGUAUACAAUGGUGGGAGGGAUGAAAGUCAGCAUAUUGCCCCUGAAGAUGAGAGACUGUUGGUGGAAGAUGCGUCUGUGACCCCAACAAAAAAAGACGGCUUAAAAAGAAAAGAACGUCCUACAGAUAAAGGCAUGUCUUGGCUUGUCAAGACACAAUAUAUAUCUCCUCUUAGCACCGACACCACAAGACAGUCUUUUUCUGAACAACAAGCAAAAGAACUACGGGAAAGACGCGGUAACACCUUAUUAGACAACCACAAUAGUAGGGAAAGGAAAAUUAAGGACAUUAAGGCUUCAUUUGAGGCUUGUAAGUCGCAUCCUGUUCAUGCAACCAACAAAAAACUACACCCGGUUGAGAUUUUGCCAUUAUUUCCUGAUUUCGAACGGUGGGAUGAUCAAUUUGUUGUUGCAACAUUUGAUGGUCCUCCUACUGUGGAUUCAGAAAGCUAUAAUAAAAUGGAGAAAUCUGUUCGAGAUGCCCAUGAAUCUCAGGCCAUUAUGAAAAGCUUUGUAGCAAGUACCUCAGACCCUGCUAAACCUGACAAAUUUUUGGGUUACAUGGUUCCUUCGGUUGGUGAGCUGUCAAAGGACAUGUACGAUGAAAAUGAAGAUAUAUCGUACACGUGGGUUCGUGAAUAUCGUUGGGAUGUGCGGGGUGAGGAUGUGGAUGACCCUACCAAUUUCCUUGUGGCAUUUGGUGAAUCAGAGGCUCGUUACAUGCCUCUGCCAACAAAGCUUAUCUUAAGGAAAAAGAGAGCCAGGGAAGGAAAAACAAGCGAUGAGGUUGAACAUUUCCCUGUUCCUGCAACUAUCACAGUCAGACAAAGGUCAACCGUUUCAGUUGACAUGAAGGAAUCCGAGGGUUAUAUGGGUUCGAAAGGGAGAAGUUUGAAUGCUAGACAUGACAUGGAAGAUGAUGGUGAUAUGGAUCGAUCCAGUGGGGGAGAAUAUGAUUUGUCGGAUUGAUCAUCCAUCUAGGGUAAUUAUGGAAAAAGAUUUUAAAAACUGUUAAAAGGAACUGGAAAAAAUAGAAUGUAAACAAUCUGCAGGAGGUGUACCAGGUAAUUCUUUUUUCUUACCUUAUAUUUAUAUGUAUGUCAUCCUUUUUUUUUUACAUUAUUAUAUUUAUAUUACAACAUGCAAUGAUGUUAUUAUAAUGUGUACAUUACAUUAUUAAGCAUGGUAUCAGUAUAAACCAUACCAUGUAAUGCAGUUUUAGCAAAA